AUGGCUAUUGAGGCCGAAUCGUAUACUCCAAAGUUGACCCAGGAGAAGUUCGGUAACAUCGGAGACCACGCUCCGUGCUGCACCAGUGUCAAGUACGCAGUCAUCAACACCAUCGACGCUGGGUGGAGGAGCGACACACUGCAGCAGAAGUUCUGCGACUUCUCGCUCUCCAUGAGCGAGUCUAGCGACGUGGCUACUGGGACCAUUGCGGAUACUAUCGUGGUGACGCACUCGAUGGGCGGCCUCGUGAUGGCGGCAGCUCUCGCGAAAGACAAGUGUAAAUUCGCCGAAAGCACGUCGUGGGUCAGUCUGAGCGCUCCGAUGAUGGGAAGUAUGACCGGAGACUUCAUUCGAGACCUGUGCGACGAUGAAUUCACGACAAUUGUCGCUGGGGUGCUGGAUCUAAUCGGCCAAUGUCCCGCGUCCACAGCGAGAAAGUCGAUCAUUUACCAGAACGAGAAGUACAGCACCCCGAAAAUCAACGCGGCGUACACUGCGGCUCAGGAAGCCUAUCGUGGAAACGUGACUGCCGCGAUCUGCAGUACGAGCUACCACGGCGUCUUGUCCAAGUUCACGCCGUCCAGCCUAUUUGGGGGCAAGAUGAUCCCGCACAACUACCUCGACCGCUUCUACGCAUCCAAGCUGAAUCACGCUGACACGGCAUUUCUGACGCACGAUGGAUUCUUCAAGGACUCGCAGAAACCCUUCAAGUGGUUCGAGUGUCUGCUCUAG